AUGCCCUCUCCAUUCCUAACACCCGGCACUCGGUCGCAACCAGAUACCCUCGCUCUCCUGCACCUUCGCAGAGACCACGCCCUCCCGACAAUCCUGCGCAUCCACGACGACGAAAACCUAGGCUACAAGGAAGGAAAAGUCACAACAACACGCUUCGGCUCCUACCCGCACAGCACACUCCUCGACCAACCAUGGGGUACACAGAUCGUCGCAUCAAAGGUCGACACGGGGUCGCGCGGGCGCAAACCGCAUCUCAAGCGCAAAGCCGCGGAUUUGGAGAAUGCGAACAGCAAUCCUAGCAGUGAGGGUGAAGCACAGGCAAGACCGCAGCCGCAAGCUGCCGUGCAGGCAUCCAGUGGAUUCUGUCAUCUUCUUUACCCCACGCCAGAGACAUGGACUGCGUCGCUCCCGCAUCGCACGCAGGUCGUCUACACCCCGGACUAUAGCUACAUCCUGCACCGACUACGAGUGCGGCCCGGGGGCACGAUCAUCGAAGCAGGAGCAGGCAGCGGCUCGUUCACACACGCAGCCGCACGGGCAAUCUUCAACGGCUACCCAUCCGCUGAAACACAAACACAAACACCACCAACAAAGAAAUGCCGCCGCUUCGGCAAAGUCUGCAGCUUCGAGUUCCACGCGCAGCGAGUCGAGCGCGUCCGCGAGGAGAUCCACCAGCACGGCCUCGACGACAUCGUCCGCGUGAACCACCGCGACGUCUACGCAGACGGUUUCCUCCUCCCGUCAGAACACGGAACUGAAUCCCCCAAAGCAUCCGCCAUCUUCCUCGACCUGCCCGCCCCCUGGCUCGCCCUAAAACACCUCACCCGCAACCCACCAGAUGGGCAACAAUCCCCCCUCGACCCAUCUUCCCCAGUCUACAUCUGCACCUUCUCGCCGUGCCUCGAACAAGUGCAGCGCACAAUCAGCGUCCUCCGCCAACAAGGCUGGCUGAACAUUGAAAUGGUCGAGGUAAACCACCACCGCAUCGAAGCGCGCCGCGAACGCUACGGCCUCGAGUCCGAGGGCAUCCGCGGCGCAACCGUGUUCCCCAAAUCCGUCGAUGAGGCGAUUUCGAAAAUGCGCUCUGUUGACGAGCGCGCGAGGAAGUUUCGCGAGGCCGAGGCUGCGGGCCUCGACCCCGCUGCUACGCUUGAACAACCACAGCAACAGCAACAAUCAUCACAAUCCCAGGCCCAGGCCGCACAAGCGCAACUACACUCGCAAUUACAAUCCUCCAUCCCAGCAUACAGCCAAGGGCGCCUCGUGCAUCGCUCCGAGCAAGAUCUCAAAACGCACACGUCGUACCUCCUCUUUGCCGUGCUUCCGCGCGACUGGAGCGAAGAUGACGAGGCGAAGUGUCGGGAGCGGUGGCCGUCACAUAAAGUUGAUAGCGAGGCUGGUGUGCAAAAGAGCAAGAAGCAGAUGAAGCGGGAGGCGAGGGAGCAGCGGGAGAAACAACGGGGGGAGCAGAAGGAGGGGUAG